AUGAAAAUCCAAGUUGGUAUUCAAAUGGUAGUUGAAAAAGCGUUUCAAAUGGUGGUUCAUAUAGUUCUUCAUAUGGUGGUUCAAAUGGUAGUAGCGCCUCAAAUGGUAUUUCAAAUAGUGCCUCAAAUGGUGGUUCAAGUGGUUCCUCAAGUGGUAUUCUUCAAGUGGUGCUUGGGUGGUACAAGUAGCGCCUCAUAUGGUGCUCCAAGUGGUGCUUCAAAAUUUGUUGCAAAUGGUGGCUCCAGUAAUGCUUCAAAUAGUUCUUUAAGUGGUGCUUAUGGUUAUGCUUCUAAUGGUUAUUCAAAUGUUCCUUCAAAUAGCGAUUCAAAUGGUGCUUCAAGUGGCACCUCAAAUGAUGGUGAUUCUAGUAGUUCUUCAAAUGGCGGUUCAAGUAGCGCCUCAAAUGGUGGUUUGAGAAGUAGUUCAAAUGGUACCUCAUAUGGUGCUUCAAACAAUAGUACUUCAAAUGGUGCUUCAAAUAAUGCUUCACUAUUAAUCUAUUAUAAAUUCUCAAAAAGAUAA